CGAACUACUCCGGACAUCGUACCCAUCCAAGGCCCUCCACCACCGACAACCAUGAUUCAAUCUGGCCCCGAAUGCGAGAUGUGGCCGCGGACACAACCUUAUAAAGAUGUCCUCCAGCCCCUCCAGCUACUACUAUUCAAUCCCAAUUCCCCUUCCUCUCUACUCAUCGUCUACCAAAUAUAUGUACCUACCAUACUACCACUCCUAACUACUCAAUCCCCAAACCUCUCUCACUCGAUACAUCCACAUCUACAUAACCCACAAUGGCUCUCACCAACAAAGUCGCCCUCAUCACCGGCGGCGUCAAGAACCUUGGCGCCGAAACCGCCCGCGAACUCGCCUCCCUCGGCGCCAGCCUCGCCCUCCACUACCACUCCACCAGCAGCAAACCCGAUGCCUCCGCGCUGAUCUCCGAGCUGCAACAAAACUACCCCUCCAUCAAAGUCGCCUCUUACCAGGGCGACCUAACCUCCGCUGCAGCCGUGACACAGCUCUUCCAAUCCGUCAAGCAGGACUUCGGACACAUCGAUAUCGUGGUGAACACGGUGGGCAAGGUGCUCAAGAAGCCUAUUUCGGAGAUCACUGAGGAGGAGUAUGAUACUAUGUUUGCUAUCAACUCCAAAACCGCUUUCUUCAUUCUCAAAGAAGCUGCUAUCCAUGUCACGGACGGAGGAAAGAUCAUCACAGUGGUGACAGCAUUGUUGGGCGCCUUCACGGGCUUCUAUACUUCUUAUGCGGGAAGUAAGGCUCCCGUGGAGCAUUUCACUCGUGGCGUCUGCAAGGAGCUCCAGUCCCGUCGCGUAAGCGUGAAUAAUGUCGCUCCCGGUCCUAUGGAUACUCCCUUCUUCUACCCCCAAGAGUCGCCCGAGGCGGUCGAGUUCCACAAGUCCAAUGGCAUGGAUGGUCGAUUGACGAUGGUGCAAGAUAUUGCUCCUCUCAUUCGCUUCUUGUGCACCGAGGGCGGCUGGAUCACUGGCCAGACUAUCUUUGCCAAUGGUGGAUAUACUACUCGGUAAUUGCCUAGGCAUGUUUUGUGGCGAUGAAUAUAGUGAUGAAUAUAUAUGUGCUUAAUCAAUGUAUGGACCAUUGGACUAACAUGAUCCCAUUACGAAGUUUACUGGCACUGCGGAGAAUACAAUAAU